UUUGAAUAAUGGUAUAUCCUCGUGGGAUCUACGUAAUGCUUAUUAAUUUAAUAUCUCUGAUCCUGCUUAGUGCUGGGAGAAGAGUCACAUUCAAGAGUAAACAUAACUCUGAACCGGCUCUUUCUGCUAGACUAACUCAAGGGAUCAUUGAGCAGCUUGCAUCAGCAACAGUCAGAGUCCAUGAUGCUGACGAAUUCGAAAUCAUGCAAAGUAAUUUCAGGCAAAAUAAAAAAGCUGAGAAUUAUGAUAAAUGAUAUGAAGCCUUUAAUGCAUACACUAAAGACAUGUUCUCAGGUAGCUACAGAAUUAUGCUUGGUUCUCAAUUUUCUGAUGUUGGAGACCUUGGAGAUUAUAGGCAAUGUGACAAUGUGGAGAAUGCUGACUAUAAUAUCUUACAGCUGAAUAUUACCAUGCUUCCUAUUGACAUUAGAUUAGGUCUUUGCUUACCCUCUGAGUGAAAUUGGACUAUCAUGAAAAGAGCUGGAGAAAUUAUUUCAGAAACUUUAUCUAAGCUUGCUAAAAGUUUAGCACUUCGAUUUAACAUUGGGAUUUUGAUUAACAAUAACGUGGGAUUACAAGUCUACUUCUUUCAACCAACUGCGAGAAACAAGCAAGCUACUGAAGAGAGUGGAGCAAGUGCAGCUGCAGUGGCAGGAUUCAUUGGGUUUCUUGCGUUUUUGGCUUUCUUUGGCUCACUUGCCACUUUAAAGCAACCAUCAAAAAUUUCUGCUCCUCCAUCUGACAAUAUUAAGAAGGAAACUUCUCAGGUAGAGCAACAGCAAGAGCAGGAAUAUGCUAUGCGCGAUACAGCAGCUCAAACUAUAAAAACAAGAACUUCUGAAUUUUUGAGACCCAAUAGUUUUCAAAACAGAUUAGGUCAGAAUGAGGAAGCAAAAGAAAGAGAGAAUUCUCUUUUCACAAAGGAUCAAGCUCCACCUAAAUUAGAAACUAUCCAAGAGGAAGAAUCUGAUACUAUACUUAGGAGAUACUUUAGAUGCUUUUCAAUUCAGGAUAACCUCGAGCACUUAAUUUCCCCAAAAAGGAACAAACUAGAUGAUCCAGAACUUGACGUUAUAGAAGCUAUGAAAGUAAUUACACUAUGCUGGGGGAUCAUCAUGUACUCCAGCCUGUAUGCUCUGACUAGUACAUGACGUAACUUACCUAUCCUUCUAUACUUUUUCCAACUCCUUCUUUUCUCUUUUAUUUCUUCAGCAAAUAAAGCAGGUGACUUCUUCUUCAUGAUAUUCACCAUGAUGGGGUUCAUAAAAGUAAACCAGCUCUAUGAUAUACGUAAAGGUCUUGGACUUCUUGAUUAUGCAGGAAUUAUCCUGCAUAAUUUUUUAAAAAUCGCUCCUGUGUAUUACUUCGUAUUCUUCGCAGGCUGGAUGAUGGUGCCUAUAUUCUCAACAGGAGCAAACUGGUUUGUAUCCGAGAGACUCUUUGUCAGCUGAAGCUCUGAUUGGCCAUUUGUGCUUACGUUCCUGAACACCUAUUUCCCAUAUUUUACCAAAGCGUUAGAAGGAUGCUACUAUUGGGCUUAUCUGAUCCCUCAUUACUUCCUGUAUUCGUUCUUUUUCCCAAUAUGGAUCAUUAUUUAUCGUAGGAACACUAAAGUGUUCCUAUGACUCUUAUUCCUCUUAUAUGUCGCAGGAGUUAUCAUCGUUGGAUACAUAGCUUAUGCUAACAAAUUGACUGUUGGAAUCCUCACUUUCGAAGAUUACUACCUUUACACUUAUCAAUUCAACAAGGUUCACACAAAAUUGUUCAACCUAGCUAUUGGACUUUAUGCUGGGUAUCUCUAUCUCAGAAUUUUAAAGUACAGAAAGGCGAGCGAUUAUGAUAAGAAGAAACACUUUAUGAUCAUUCAUUUCUUCAAUAACUCUCUCCUAGCUAAUAUUGCGCUCUAUUUAUACGCAGUUGGAAUGAUAAUCUUCAUUUCAGGAAUCCCGAAAUCAGCCAAUGAAAAUGGUUAUUCAUGGACAAGGUGGCAAAACACUAUCUAUUUUGCAUUAGGUUCAACAGGAUAUCUCUCCAGUGUCCUUGCUUUCAUGUUCAUCAUUUUCUUCGGAUACGGUAACGCAAUGAAGAAGGUUCUAUCAUCAAAAGUGUGGAUUUCUUUAUCAAAACUUUGCUUGGGUUGCUAUUUAAUUUAUCCAAUAGUAAUUACUAUUGGGUUCACAGCAACUGAUGAUACAUAUUUCGCAUCAUAUCCCACUUUGAUUUAUACUUUUGUAGCGAAUGUCUGAAUCUCCUUUCUGGCAUCAUUUGGGCUAUAUAUGUUAUUCCAAGCUCCAGUCAACGGGCUAAUCAGGGUCACAAAAGGAAUUAUGCUAAGUGACAAGAUUCAAACACUAGAAAAAUUCACUAUUCCUCCUCUCGAAGACCAAGAAAUCCCUCAAAACGAAGAAGAGGAGAAGAGCUUACUCCCUUCACACAGAGAAGAAAGUAGGCUUUUCAUCACUAACAAAGCUUUCAGACUCGCUGUGAGACAAGACAUCUCCUAAAACUUUCAUCCUAAAACACCUCUGCUCCUUUUUUCUUAAAAAUCCUU